AUAUACAUCAAUCUUUCAGUAGUCCCCACUACUACAUUAAAGCAAGAAAUUUCAUCAAACACCAACAUUAGCCACCUUUUUUUUGUUCAACAAUGGCAUUCACUUCAUCUUUUUCUCUUCCUAUUCCUUCUCUUCACCAAUAUUUUCCAUCAAAAUACUUGACAUUUCGUCCUAUAACUGUUUCUUUAUCGGAAAAAACAACGAGCGUCGUGACCCAAAUUACAAAAUUAUCCAAUAGAAAGAUACCCGGCGACUAUGGGUCGCCGGUUAUUGGUCCAUGGAAAGAUAGGCUUGAUUACUUUUACAAUCAAGGGAAAAAUGAAUUCUUCGAAUCAAGAAUUCAGAAAUACGAAUCAACUGUAUUCAGAACGAAUAUGCCACCGGGUCCCUUCAUUUCUCCUAACCCAGGCGUUGUCGUUUUGCUUGAUGGAAAGAGUUUUCCGGUACUUUUUGAUGUUUCUAAAGUCGAAAAGAAAGACCUCUUCACCGGGACUUUCAUGUCGUCGACUGAACUCACCGGAGGUUACCGUGUACUUUCCUAUCUCGAUCCAUCUGAACCAAACCACGAAAAAUUGAAAAAAUUGAUGUUCUUCCUUCUUUCUUCCCGUCGUGAUCACGUAAUACCCAAAUUCCAUGAAACUUAUACAGAGCUUUUCGAAACCCUAGAUAAAGAAAUGGCGGAAAAAGGUACAGCUGAUUUAAACUCCGGUAACGAUCAAGCUGCGUUUAAUUUCUUAGCUAAAUCGUUAUUCGGAGUUAACCCAGUUGAGACUAAUCUCGGAACUGAUGCUCCGACAUUGAUCGGAAAAUGGGUGUUGUUUCAGCUUCAUCCUGUACUUACUCUCGGUCUUCCGAAGUUUCUAGAUGACCUCGUUCUUCAUACUUUCCGGUUACCGACAUUUCUGGUGAAAAAAGAUUACCAGAGAUUGUACGAUUUCUUCAAUAUAAACUCCACCAAUUUAUUCAUCGAAGCUGAAAAACUUGGCAUUUCGAGAGAAGAAGCUUGUCAUAAUCUUCUCUUUGCUACUUGUUUCAAUUCCUUUGGUGGGAUGAAGAUUUUCUUCCCUAAUUUGCUAAAAUCGAUAGCGAAAGCGGGGGUGGAGCUUCAUACCCGUUUAGCAAACGAGAUCCGAUCGGAAGUAAAAUCCGCCGGCGGGAAGAUCACGAUAUCGGCGAUGGAGAAAAUGCCGUUAAUGAAAUCAAUAAUAUACGAAGCUUUACGAAUGGAUCCUCCCGUAGCUUCACAAUACGGAAGAGCCAAACACGACCUUAAGAUCGAAUCACACGACGCCGUUUUUGAAGUGAAAAAAGGUGAAAUGUUAUUCGGGUACCAACCAUUUGCAACGAAGGAUCCGAAAGUUUUUGACCGACCCGAAGAGUUCGUCGCCGAUAGGUUCGUCGGAGAAGAAGGAGAAAAAUUAUUGAAAUAUGUAUUAUGGUCUAAUGGACCGGAAACGGAAAAUCCGACGGUGGAGAAUAAACAGUGUGCCGGAAAAGAUUUUGUGGUCAUGGUUUCGAGAUUAUUCGUAACGGAGUUUUUUCUUCGUUACGAUACGUUCAACGUCGACGUAGGUACGUCGCCGUUGGGAGCUAAAAUUAGUAUAACCUCUCUAAAAAGAGCUUAAUUUUGUAUCGGGGUCGGGAGUCGAGAUCGAGAUCGGAGUUUGGUGUACACUGUCACUAUUAGUGUGUGUCUUCUUGUUCUUAUAAUUUCAGUAAAUGUUUCCACAAAAGGGGUAAAUUUUUGUUUGUUGUUUAGA